GGUACUCACGAAGGGUCACAUGCACCACGAUCGAGUGCUUGGUUUACGGCUUGUGAAGCUAGCAACUACUGCGGGCUACAGUGCUGUAUCCCGUGCACUGCGACCUGGCUCAGCGACUCGGCAGAACAUGGCUUGGUUGCCCAUCUCCAUUGUUUGCGCUACGGCAGUUUUAGAAACAUUUGCCCUUGAUGGGUUAUUAGACGAAAAGAUCAUCGGCGGAACAGUAACGCAUGUGGAUGAUGCCAAAUUCAUGGCACAAGUUAUUACCUACAAUUACGAAUCAGACAAAAAUGUUGAGAUUUCAUCGUGUGGAGGGUCUCUGAUAUCAACCACUCACGUUUUAACGGCGGGGCACUGUGCAGGGAAACCGACGGAGACUGUGGUUUUUGCUGGUUCGUCCGAUUUCAUGAAGACAGGCAAACGUGGAAGUGCUUACGGUGUAAAGGACAUAAGGGUCCACCCGAAAUACCACGCUGUUUACCUAAAGAAUGGGAGUAGCUAUGCAAAUUAUGAUGUUGCGGUAAUAAAACUCAGGUCAGCCGUACCCCUAGGUGCUAAAACUGGUGUCAUAUCUAUAACCAAAGUGAACGCACCUCCCAAACCUGGUACACCUCUUACAAUCGCGGGAUGGGGAAUAUACAAGACCAACAGUGACAGCAGUUCCAAGCAGCUGAGGAGAGGAGUAUACACUGCUCUGAGCCGCACCAUAUGUUCGAACAAACUUGGGUCCACGUUUACAGAGCAAGAAAUCUGUACAACCUCUUUUCCAAACUCGGCAUUUUGCAGCGGAGAUUCCGGUGGCCCAGCUUACGUUGGCACACUCCAGUACGGUAUCGUUUCCUGGGGAGACUGCGGGCAAAAGUACUUCCCCAGCGUUCUUACGAACUUAGCGAAUCCUGAAAUUAACUCAUUUGUCCGAAAUAUGUUAAAAACAAUGCAAUGAUUAAUUUAUGGCGUUAAACUGAAUAAUCUGCACAAAGCAAUAAAAUGAUUGAAUCGUGGACAAUACUAUUUAUAUAUAUACAUGUGUGUGUGUGUGUGUAUUUGUAUACAUAUAUGUGUGUAUAUAUUCGAAGGCAAAUAUAUGGACCGUUAUGUCGGACCUUUAGACCAAGAAGAUGUUGAUCUGCAUUGGAAUAUAAGUCUAGUCAGAUUUCAGGGUGAUACGAUACCGGAUAUGUGGCCAAUAUCUAAUACAAAUAGAUAGCAGCCGAUUCACAUUUGAUCCGCCAACUAACUAACGAAAAAAGUUUUUAGUUCUAGCUCAUAAAGGUUUUUAAAAGAACAAGAAAACUGGCAGCGCAAAGUACUCAAAAAAUCAGAAAACGACAUGUAAGUGUAUUAAAAGUAUAACCCUGAGACAAAGUGAACCAUAUUUUAGGCGAAGCGAUUGCUUUGCCAGCGCGGCCGACAGUCUUUCUCUGCUAGUCUGUGCACAUGUGCUUUGAUUGUAUCCCGUGGGAGCCCUACACAGCUCAUUUCACACUGCGGGCCUAUCUUGUCACAAAGUAUCCGAAACGUAACAAAAACGUUUUCAUUUUUCAAAUGCUCCGCUUGCGUGCUUUUCUAUUCGCAACACGCGACACACGUUGUGCGCUGUAUCGAGUUCUCUGCAGUCUGUGUGGCCCGCACGCUCGCCCACCAUGGCGCUCCUGGCGCCCGCCAGCGCGCUCGCUAUCUAUCUCAUGUGGUCAAAAAUCCUAUCCGGGUGCCUGGCUUCGCCAUUUGCAGGACCAUAUAUUGCGUACUCGGAAUCCGUCUCUCAAUGCGCUGAUGAUGAGUCUACCCACGAGAGCACCUUGUUCGUGGCUCUCACACCUUUCGACAAAUCCAAUCCAUUUAGACUUCAAAAGCUGUACGGCAACGUUACUAUGAAGAAAACAACAAAGUUUAACGAUGAAUAUUGGGUACGAGUGCGUCUGGACUCAUGGUCAAUCAACGGCUGGAAAGAGAAUGCGUUCAUAUUUAACUUUCCGACGUCAGGUUGCUCUGUCAGUCGUCACCACAUGCCAGGUGUGGUGCGCAUCGUAUUUGGGGAGGAUUUUAUGAAAAGCGACCCUUGCCAUCUCGAAACGAAAAACUACACGAUUCCCAUGCAAUACGUAAACUGGACUUUUCCACAUUUCCCAGUCAUGCCAUAUGGUCACUGGCGAUUUCAUCUCACUCUUGGUCACGAACGAGUGACUGGGACUUGCGUAAAUGUCGUUUGUCACACUAUUCCUAAGCCAAAAGUGGGCAGAUCUGGUUAAGACCAUUCGGGCACUUAUUUGAGCCGAAUAACAUUAAUGUAGCCCCCUCCCGGUCACCGCCAUCCUGGCCCCGGGAGACUUCUGCAGGUCCCUGAUCACUAUGUGUGAGGACUCAUCAUGGAGAGGGCCUCACUGUCGAAAAGCUGCACCAACUAGCCAAUGUCUACGGAGCCGCACACGAGGAGUUCGUGUUGAAGGCCAAUGCAGACAAGUCCGAAUGAGCGGUUAACCGUUCCGCUACAAGAUCGCUUCGAGAAGAUAGCGGAGGAGUAACUGCAGUCAACUACUCCCCCCCCCCCUCCCCCAAUAUAUGUAAAUUGUUUUGGAACUAAAUAAACUGAGUUUGUUCUUUAGGGA